UUGUGAUUUACCAAGUCAGAAAGCCAGCAAUGACUCCUGCCGCCCCACCUCGCCUUCCCAGUUUUGUAUUCCAUCCAGCAGACAACAAAGCCCUCAGUGUCACUUUGUAAUCCACCUAGUGGAGGUGCUUCCAGUGCUUCCUGCAGGAGGGAAAAAGACACGAGGAGAAUGACACAAGCUCUUGAAAUUGCCUACUGCGAUUUGCAGAGGCAGAAAAAUAACGCUUUGCAUCACACCGAGGAAAUAAGCGACAAACGUCUCAUCGUUCGGAGAGGACAGCCAUUUUUAAUCGGCUUACAAUUCAAAGAAAGGGCAUAUCAAGAAGGGAAAGAUAACAUCAUCUUCUCAGUGGAAACCGGUCCAUGGCCGGAUGAUACUUCUGGAACUAAAGCAAUAUUCACCUUAAGAAAGGCUUUAGUAAGAAGGGCAUGGGGUGCAGCAGUGGAAAGCAACGGACCCAACUCCCUGAUGGUGGUCAUCAUGCCAUCUUCCAAUGCUAUAAUCGGGCAAUAUACUCUAAAGGUUCAAAUUGCCAAGGGAAGCACAGCCACCACCUAUAAGCUGGGGACAUUUGUGUUACUAUUCAAUCCAUGGUGUGCAGAUGAUGAUGUGUUUCUGGAUAAUGAACCCAAGCGACAAGAGUAUGUUAUGAACGACUAUGGAUAUGUGUACCAGGGCAACCAGAACUGGAUUUCUCCCCGCCCAUGGAACUUUGGACAGUUUGAAGAUGAUAUCAUGGAUAUCAGUCUAAAGCUUCUUGACAAGAAUCUGAAUUACCUACAAGAUGCAUUUAAGGAUUUAACUCAGAGAAACAGCCCUGUGUAUGUAAGCAGAGUAGUGUGUGCAAUGAUCAACUCUAAUGAUGACGAUAGUGGCGUCUUACAAGGAAACUGGAGUGGAGAUUAUAAAAAAGGAGUCUCUCCGUCUGCAUGGAAUGGGAGUACUGCUAUUUUAAGAAAAUGGUUUAAGAAGGAUUGUGAACCUGUUAAAUACGGCGAGUGCUGGGUCUUUGCCGCUGUGAUGUGCACAGUGAUGAGAAGUUUAGGAAUCCCAACUCGUGUUGUCACAAACUUUGAUUCAGCUCAUGACACUAAUAGUAAUCUGAUAAUUGAUGAGUACUAUGACACCAAUGGGAAGAAACUUUCUAAAGAAAGCAAUGACAGUAUCUGGAAUUUCCAUGUAUGGUGUGAAUGCUGGAUGGCAAGAAGAGAUCUACCACCAGAAUAUGGAGGUUGGCAAGUUCUAGAUCCAACCCCCCAGGAAACAAGCAAUGGAAUUUACUGCUGUGGACCUGCCUCCGUAAAAGCUAUAAAAAAAGGAGAGGUCCACCUCAACUAUGAUGGUCCCUUUGUGUUUUCCAUGGUGAAUGCAGACUGUGUGACAUGGACACUAUCCGGAAAAAAUAAAGAAAAAUAUUUCUGUGAUCCCCAUUUGAUUGGAAAUCGAAUCAGUACAAAGUGUGUUGGGUCAGAUGAACGUGAAGAUAUCACCCACACCUACAAGUAUGAUGAAGGAACAAUUGAAGAAAGGAAGGUUUUCCAGAAAGCUUUGCAAAGAUUAAGGAGUAGAAACAAAAUGUUAUCUUCAAAUGGUGCUCCAUAUAGUCACAUCACUAAUGGAUUCGCUUCUAAUGGCGUGUCACCUGAACAAGAAACCGUUCCUGAUCGUGAAGAACCAAACCGCCCACUAAGAGAUGCAAAACUACUGCUGAAGUUUAAGCUGAGGGAGUCUCCACAGCUCGGACAAACCAUCAAUCUGGUUUUAUUAUCUGUUAAUUUUCUCUCUGUUCCCAAGACAUUAAAGCUGAGCUUCAGUGCACAGUCCUUGAAGCACACAGGGAAACCAGGGGUCCAGUUCUGGAAGGACUCCAAGUACAUUGACCUCGGGCCUAAAGAAGAGAAAUGGAUCUUGUUGCAAAUACCAUAUUCACAGUAUGGAAAGUACCUUGAAGAUAACAACUUGAUAAGAGUGGCAGCUGUGGGGGAACAGAAUAUAACCUGGGAGAAAGUUCUCGUAGAGAAGGACAUCAACCUAGCAAUGCCACAGAUCAUGAUUAAUCCUAAGGGAUCUGCAAGAGUAAACCAACCGUGCAGAGUACAACUCAUAUUCUCCAAUCCGCUCACUGAUGACGUAAGCGAUUGCCUGCUGUUGAUUGAGGGCAGCGGACUUUUGAAGAGUCAGAUGAAAAUACUUGCGGGUACCAUGAAAGCAAAAGAAAAAUCCAUCCUGGAGUUUGAGCUGGUUCCAUACAAAGCCGGCCUGAAACAGCUUCAAGUGAACUUCAGCAGCAACAAGUUCCGAGUCAUCAAAGGCUUCACAACCAUUUUAGUCAACAACUGAUGUCACUGAUCAUAAACUGGAGGGGUGCUGGAACUCAGCUAGUAUCAGUGACAUGGAGGUUUGACCAAUCGCUUGGUUGGUGAAGGUUGCUAUGAAGACUGCAUGAAAGGCUCUUUUGAUCCUCCCUGGAUGCUCCAAUGAGGUUAUUCUGGUUGAUCUAAAUGGCACAUAAGUCAAAAAACAGCAUAGAGGGUCUUAUUUCAAUAAUUGCACCAGUUCUUUAAAGUACUAAUGAAUGAAUGGUCAUUGCUUUUUUUUAUAUAUAAAUAUGUUUGAUGGAGUCACGAACAAAUGCUUGCACUUUUCUAUGUUGUCUCAAAUAGAUUUUGUCCCGGCUUAGUUAUGUCAUUUUUGUAUUAGGCUGGGUUUCCAGGUUCAGGUUUUUUUAAAUGCAGUUUUUGAAGCCAGGAAUUUUGAAGUCUUCUAUUUUUGAAUCAACUCCUGGCUUUGGCUUCAAGAUCUGCUUAAAAAAACCGGUACAUAGAAACCCAGCCUUUAAGUGGCGCUGAGCUUCAAACAAAAUUUUAAUUAAUCAGUAGUAGUACAGUGUGUAAUACCACUUGUAUAAGGCAUUGUUAGCAAUUUGCCUCUGUACUUGCUGAAUAUCUCCUCUUGGGUGGAGACUAGCUGAAAUCCACUGCACACACAGAAAGUAGACGAGAAUAUCCUCUCUAACUGUCUCACAGUCACUCAGAAGCAGCCCCAGGAUCAGGGAGGAGAUUGCAGACAAGUAUUUAGUAUUUUUGUGAAUGAAGCACUUGUUCUGAGCCUUAAUUUUCCCAUGUAGGUGUGUUGUCUGCUUGUCUGUGUAUGUUUCCUCAGCCCGUGCUCACUCCCCCCCCCCUUAUCGACUUGCAUUGAGAUGUGUAAUAUAAUACUUCUGCAGAGAUGAUCUGUCCUGGAUGGGAAAAGUAAAUUUUUCAAAGUAGAAAGCAAUUAUCAGGGGGAUGAAAGUUAGUGAUAACAGGAGAACUACACAUUUAUCACCGAUAAAACAUAUUACAAAGUUUCUUGUGCUUGUACUAUUGAUUUAUGCAAAGUUGUAUGAACGGUUAGUGCCAAUUUAAAGUUUUUGCUGAUUGAAUGGCAUCAUUUUACUAAUAAAGCCUAAAUGACAUAAACAAUA